AAAAACAACAGACGUUAGAAAAGUGUCUGAGCUUUCAGAAGAAGAUCCUCUCACACACAUUCAACUCUUCAGCAGCCGUCAUGGGUUUUAUACUUCACAUUGUGUUACUGUGGGCUUCUCUGCUUCUCUGUGUUUGCUAUGAUUCUCAAGAGAGUCAUGAGUCAUUUGAGGACAUGUUUGUGAAUCGAUAUCGAGCAAACACUUUCAUGAACGACCCACGAGACAGAAUGUCCAAACAGUUCCUCUACAGAAGAGUGAAAUCUCCAUCUGAGCGCAGGGCAGAGAUUUGUGAAGAUUUACCACCCUGUCGACUCUUUGCUCAUCGCUACGGUUUCCCGCUAGCCUAUCAAACAUAUUUUAAUGGUCUGCAACUCAACGCUUACCGAAAUCCGAGUUUCCCUCGCCUUCGUCCAUACUGACACAUGACAUCAUUUACACAGACUGUGUCAUUAUUUAUAUGGGCUCAUAUUAAGAUUCAUAAUGACAUUCAUUCAGAACUGAAUUGAUGUAUCUGUAUUUCUUGUGUCGUCACACAGUCUGUUUAUUUUAAUAGUUUACCUGUUUUAUAUUUCACAUUUGUUAUCAAGAUAUAACUUUCAUAAUUAAACUAC